GUCUUCUUGUGAAUUCCGUCCUCAACUAGGGAAUUUAGAUAUGCCUAAGAGUUCGAAGGCCUUUCUGUGGCCAUUUGAUUGUUCAUAGCAAGCUAGCAGAGAAAUUCCAGAUUUCGGGUUCGAACUUGAGCAACGAUGCUUACACUGCCGAUCGUCCCCUCCUGGUCCAAAACGAAAGGCAUCGUAGUCUUCUCUGGUGGCUCGGCGGCGAACAACCUUGUUGAUGUCUUCAAACACGUUUCCGAGGACCAAAAGUGCCCUUUGAGCUAUGUGAUACCCAUCAGCGACAAUGGUGGAAGUUCAAGCGAGCUGAUCCGAGUGUUUGGCGGACCCGGUAUUGGAGAUCUAAGAAGCCGUCUCGUGAGACUAAUUCCAGAUAAUGGCGAUGAUCCAGAGCGGAUUGCAAUCAAGGCACUGUUCAACCAUCGACUUCCAAAAGACUCAAUGGAAGCACGACUGGAAUGGUUAGAUAUUGUAGAGGGCACUUCAGAUCUGUGGAGAAGUAUAUCAAGCCCCAAGCGGGAAUUGAUUCGAUCGUUUCUGAACUCGGCAAAUUUGGAAGCCGUGAAAAGAGCAAGGCCGAGCAGCAUGUUCAACUUCAGCAGUGCAAGCAUUGGAAACCUGUUCCUGACUGGCGCUCGACUGUUCUCUGGUUCGCUAGAGUCCGCAAUAUAUUUGUUUAGCAGCAUAUGCCGCGUUCCCGCCGAGGUGUCCGUGCUACCAGCAAUUAACACCAACUUCACGCAUCACAUAUCGGCAGGUCUCGCAGAUGGAACUGUUAUUACUGGCCAGAACAACAUAUCACACCCGAGCAUUCCAACAGCCCUCAACGCGGGCGAAGCAGCGAGCAGCACCAUGGGAGGCACUGCGGACGAGGCCGAAGAGCACGAUCACAUAGAAGAUGCAAAUCUACCAGGAAGCUUGCCAACGUUGCGAAAGGGGUACAUCACAUUUUCCAAAUCGGGCGAGGAAGAUCUACCGGCCCGCAUCGAGAGAAUAUGGUACAUCAACCCAUACGGCCAGGAAAUGCGCUUCAACGCCAACAAGCAGGUUAUAGAGGCGCUCGAGUCCGCACGCACCAUCAUCUACAGCAUCGGCUCGCUAUACACAAGCAUCAUACCAAACUUGAUCCUCCGCGGCAUCGGCGACGCGGUGGCAAGCCCACAAAUAAAGCACAAGAUCUUGAUCUUGAACAGCACCAUAGAUCGCGAAACGGGUCCGUCCUCCGAUCCCUACACGGCGUUAGACUUCGUUGCUGCCAUAGCGCGCGCGUGUGUGUAUUCGCGCUCGCGGGUUCCGCCCUCGUCGGACUCCUCCAUUGUCGUAAGACCGCAGGAGUACAAACAAUACGUGACCCAUGUGCUUCAUCUUCACGGACCUGGGACGCCCCAGGUGGACAAGGAGGCACUGAAAGAACUAGGGAUCGAGACAAUGCGCUUGUAUGGACGGCCUGUUAGCGUUGAAGGAAAAGAUGGCGGCGUGCUACGAUACGACGAAGAAGCAUUGAGGCAGGGGCUGGAAGCUACCAUUGGGAAGAGGCCAAGUGGAGUGAUGAGCAGACGCAACACGCUGGAAAGAUAGGGAAACGCUCCUUGUUGAUGCUGCCAAGCAUUUCCAUACGACUGACAUAUCGUAUUUCUGUGUUUGCGUUGAGUUCAAGUGUCUUUUGGGACCAGACAAUUAUAAUUACAACCGGUGGUAUACUUUCGU